AUGAGAUUAGAGACGUUAAAAAAUGUCAACAAGAAUAGAGGUGUUCAUCUGAAGUUUGGGGAAGAAGAUGGUAACGAAAACAAGAGCUCGAGUGCUGAGAUCAAGAAGAUAUCUACACUGGUUGAUCUGGAUGGAAGUGAAUCUUCGGAUGAUGACGCACCAGAGGAAGAAUCAAUAAGUGCUGGUAGAGAGAUUGAAAAGCUCAAAAUAAGGAAGGAAGAUGCCGCUUUGGAGGAAAAGAGAAAGCAGGAAAAGGAAAGGAGAAGAAAAAUAGCAGAAAGGUUCAGAGAGCAGAAAGAGGAAAAGCUUCAAAAGGAGAAAGAAGAGCAGGAAUUACAAAAGAAGAAGGAGGAAUUAGAGAAUCGGGAGACAAACUUGCCGGAUGAGCUUCCUGAAGAAUUGUUAGCAACGUAUGAUCCGGAAGAAAGGCUACAAGCACGCCCAAAAAAGACAAAAUUCAAAGAAUUAACAGCUGAAGAGAGAGCAAACGAAAAGCAAAAGAAACUCAAGGAGAAGCUAGCACUAGUACGGGAAUUAAAUAAAGCAAGCCAGGAGAAAGGUCCGGUGAAGGUGAAACUCUUGGUGAAAAGAAAGUUUGAUGUUCCAGUAAGCCGAAUCUCAUCAAGAAGAAACAAGUGGCUUCGCCGAAAAUCAAUACGGCGACGUUUAUAG